CGCGGUGUUGCCCGGCGUGUCGUGCCGUGCGUUUAGUUGCGCUGCCUCGCUCUGCUCCGGCAGCGCGGCGGGGCGCAGGGCAGCGCCAUGGCGGCCGGGCUGCGGUUCGACGGGCGGGUGGUGCUGGUGACCGGCGCCGGAGGAGGUUUGGGUAGAGCAUAUGCUCUGGCUUUUGCUGAAAGAGGAGCUUCGGUAGUUGUGAAUGAUCUCGGAGGUGAUUUCAAGGGAUUUGGCAAGAGCUCCUCAGCUGCUGACAAAGUUGUCGACGAAAUCAGAGCAAAAGGAGGGAAAGCAGCACCCAAUUAUGAUUCGGUGGAAGAUGGUGAAAAGCUUGUGCAGACAGCACUUGAGGCAUUUGGGAGGAUAGAUAUUGUUGUAAACAAUGCUGGGAUCCUAAGAGACCGUUCAUUUGUUCGGAUAAGUGAUGAAGACUGGGAUAUAAUUCAUAGAAUUCAUUUGAGGGGAUCAUUCCUGGUCACCCGAGCUGCAUGGAAUCAUAUGAAAAAUCAGAAGUUUGGCAGAAUAAUUAUGACUUCUUCAGCUGCCGGAAUAUAUGGAAACUUUGGUCAAGCAAACUACAGUGCUGCAAAACUUGGCCUUUUGGGUCUUUCAAACACAAUUGCAAUUGAAGGCAGGAAGUAUAACAUCCACUGCAACACAAUUGCUCCUACUGCUGGAUCCAGACUGACCCAGACUGUCAUGCCACAAGAUCUGGUCGAUGCUUUCAAACCAGAGUAUGUUGCUCCCUUAGUUGUUUGGCUUUGCCACGAGAGCUGUACAGAGAAUGGCAGUCUGUUUGAGGUGGGAGCUGGGUGGAUUGGAAAAUUGCGCUGGGAGCGGUCCUUGGGUGCUAUUGUCAGAGGAAAGAAUCAGCCAAUGACACCCGAAGCAGUGAGAGAUAAAUGGGAGAAGGUCUGUGACUUUGAUAACGCCAGCAAACCCAGAAGUAUCCAAGAGUCCAUAAGUGUAUUAAAUGAUGCUCUAAGUCAAAUAGAGUCUGAAGGGAAUGUUUCCAUGAAUUCAACAAGCUCUGGAUCAGUGGCAUCUUCAUCUGUUGACAUGGCAAGCAUUGUUGGCCGGGAGUUGGCUACCAACGUGUAUAAAUAUACUCACUUAGAGCCUAUUCUGUAUGCCCUUGGUGUGGGAAUGUCAACUAAGGAUCGAGAUCACCUAAAAUUUCUCUUUGAGAGGAGUGAAGAAUUCUGCUGUUUACCUAGCUUUGCAGUAAUUCCUGCUCAGGCUUCAAUGUUUGAUGGUGUUCCUUCUCUUCCAGGACUAAAUAUUGAUCUUGCAAAGAUGCUGCAUGGUGAGCAAUAUCUGGAACUGUAUAAACCAUUACCAACCUCAGGGCAGUUAACUUCAGUUUCAACCAUUGCUGAUAUUCUUGACAAAGGAUCAGGAGCAGUCUUGCUUAUAGAUGUGAAUACCUAUUGUGGAAAGGACCUAGUGUGCUAUAAUCAGUUCUCUUUGUUUUUUGUUGGAGCUGGAGGAUUUGGUGGAAAACGAACAUCAGAAAAGGCCAAGGUGACAGUAAGUCCACCCAAGAGACCUCCUGAUGCUGUUAUUUCUGAUGUCACAACAGCUGAUCAGGCUGCACUGUAUCGGCUGAGUGGGGAUUGGAAUCCAUUACACAUUGAUGCAAGUUUUGCUGCUCUUGGAGGAUUUAAGAAGCCUAUACUUCAUGGGCUAUGCACCUUUGGGUUUGCUGCUAGAAAUGUUUUGAAGCAGUUUGCAAAUAACGAUGUCAACAGAUUCAAGGCGAUCAAGGUUCGCUUUGCAAAACCAGUCUUUCCGGGGCAAACUUUACAAACAGAAAUGUGGAAGGAAGGAAAUAGAAUCCAUUUUCAAACCAAGGUCAAAGAGACUGGAGAAGUUGCAAUUGCAGGGGGCUAUGUAGAUAUAGUACCAGCCUUGAAUAAACCUUCUGCCCAGGAGCCUCUGAAGAUGCUGAAGAUCAAACUCCAUACUACAGGGCUGCAGAGCGACCUGGUGUUUGAAGAAAUUGCUUGUCGUGUAAAGGAGAUGGGGAAUGAAUUGGUAAAGAAAGUUAAUGCUGUGUUCCAAUGGGACAUUACUAAAGAUGGAAAAACAGCAAUGCAGUGGAAACUUCUUUGUCACCUAAACACAGCAGUAUGUAGUUAAAAGAAUGGAGAGAGAAAUCAAUGGAAAGAUAAUCUGCCAAGAACUGUUAAAGACAUGAAUAAAAUUUCAUCUUCAGGAAGACUUUAAGUUGCAAACUGCUGAAGACAGAACACACAUAAAGAUCUAGGCCUGAGAAGUGGCCUUACCUGCCUCAUGAGACCAAGUUUUAUUAGAGAGGAAACAGGUGGAUGUGUUUGCUGUUGUAUCCGGAGAGUGAGAAUACAUACCUCAAGAGUUGGUCUUCUAUGUUUUUCAAAUAAAACUUACUGAAGUGGUGGGAGGAAAAUAGUGUGUUCUUCCAAUGCCUAUUUCCCUAGCUAAAAGGGAUUAAAUAGACAUAACUUUGCUGUGUCCUGUUCCCUCUGCUUCUGUUGCAAGGAACAAUAUCUGUACUCCUAUAUGAAUUGGAGCUACUUAGAGCUCCCUGUGGGAUGGAGGAAGGAGGAGAUAAUCCAUUAUUUUAAAUUCUUCCUGUUGCUGACUGCUGUUACAAGCUUAAAUGAAACAUUUCCAAAAUCUUGAGAAAGUUACUACAAAUUUUUAUACAGUAUGGCCAGUUCCUUCAAGCUCAGGUGUCAAAACAGUGGCUAGUGCUUAAGAAUUGCUGUGAUCUCUGUGGUCUAGUAAAUAUGUAAGGUAGAAUGUAAAUAUCGAGGUGUCUAUCAAAGUGUUGCUUAAUUUUCCGAUUGUGGAUAUUGGUAUGCAAGUACUCUUUUUGCGUAUCACUUUUUCAAAGAACUUCCUGGGUUGUCUGAUGGUUUUUUGUG